ACCAACACCACGGCAAGAUUCGCUCACGCGCUCACACAGCUGGGGCGCGAGCGUGUGCGCCGCAGCAUCGCGUUCACGCUUCUACAAGACGAAGCAGUAUUAUUUCUUCCUUUGUUAUUUUAAAGCGACCGGUGAAUCGCUCGGUGUCGGCUCUGUCCGCCGUCUGUGGACUGAUGUGGAUGUGUAGAAUGGGCGAAGACCGCUGGAUUUGACUCUCACUGUGGAAAUGGAUCCCACAUUCUCACUUGGAGACAAAGAUGAGGUCUACGUGGAGGAUGUGGGGCCCCUGCGUGUGAGGAUGCGUGAGCGUCUGCUGUGGGACGAGCCGCUGCAGAUGUCCUGGCUGAUGGAGGCCGAGCCGUUCACCUCCUCCCUCCAGACAGGGGGGCCUGUGGCGGGAGCCGGCAUGACCCUGGAGCAGAAGACCACCUUUGCCUUCGUCAUCUUCCUCUUCGUCUUCCUCUGCAUGCUGAUCGUGCGCUGCUUCCGCAUCCUGCUGGACCCCUACCGCAGCAUGCCCACCUCCACCUGGGCAGACGGUCUGGACGGCCUCGAGAAGGGCCAGUUUGAUUACACUCUGGCAUAGAGACACACACACAUACAGUGAUGAAGACACACACUCCUGCAGAACACUGGCCAUCCUGAAGUCACACACAAACACACGACACUGUGUAGAAAUACAUCAAGAAAACUCCUGCAUAUGAGCAGCUCUGCCACAACCUUGUGGAGACGACUAACACACACACACACACACACACACUGCACUCACUGCCAUCCACACAUACAAGAUGUUUCAGAAAAUGAGUGUGCAGUGCUUUAUUCCAGGCUGAAUGGAUCUUGAUCACAGGGUAGCCCUCUUUUAUAUCCUCCUAAAUACAGCCCUCAUUUUCUCAUGUAUCUGUGCUGUCGUUAACUGCCAAGUACAAAUCUCUAGAAGAGACCGUUUAUAAGCACUUCAUAAACACUUGUGACGCUUUUGUCAAAAUAGCCUUAAAAAAAAAAAGGUGCACUGUAAUCGGCCACUGUCAAAGUUUACAUGAUUCAUUACUGGCAAUUACUGCAGAGCUUCUGGUCACGUCCUGAGCCUUCAUAGAAAGCUCUAGCUGAUGUGAGUACACAGUUAGAUAGGCUUUUAGAUGAGCUGUUGUGGCUCACUUCACAGACUCUGUACAUCUGAAAGCUCAUUCAUUCAGGAACUGCAGGAUUUGUCAGCCUUAGCACAAGAAAUACCCUGAUCCUAGAUCACGUCUCUACCUGUAUAUUCUUAGACUGUAGUUUCGUAAGCCUUAACCCGCGAAGCUGUCAGCUGGAGACACGUCAUAAUGUGAAGUUUCUCAACCCAUUUGAGUCGACCGCUAAUCUUGAAAACCCAUGUUCAUUGAGCUGAUAAUCACAUACUAAUAAUGAUGUUGAAGCUCCUGUGCCCUGUCGAUAAUAGCUCAUCUCACCGAUGAUCGUGAAGAUUUUUGUUGCACUACUUCAUCGUACCCCUGCUGUCACUGUGAAAGAGCCGACAAGCUUUAGAGCACUUAGUAAAGGACGUUUUAUCAUGUGUGUCAUGACAGAUUGAAGAAUCAUUCAAAUGUUGAUAGCUGCUCAGUUGUGUAAACUGUGUUUAAAAUACUGAAAAUGCUGGAGUUGGAGUGAACAGACAGUUUUCAUCGAUCCUCAUGAAGCGCUGAUACAAACCCUAAACAGCUCUGCCUGUGAGCUUCUGUACAGUUUGUGGAGCCUCAAAUCAUUGUAUUUAGACCUUCAUACUGUUUAGAAAUAAAUGUCUGUGCUGUAAAACAGAGGAAUAAUAAAUCUAAGAAACAUAGCAACAGUAUAUUCAAACUGAGAUGAUUCUGAAUUAUGAUGCUUUGUUUUAUUAGUGUCACAACCUCAUUUGUGUUUCAAAAAGAUAAUUAAUAAAAACAUUUCCAAAGCUA